UUCCAUUUCAUAAACAACACCUUUGGGCUCAAUUCUUCGCUCAAUCACUGUCGUAAGGCUCAACAAUCUCCUACAGCGUGGAGAGAAUUGAGGUUGGAGACUUCAUACCCGCUGCUAGUCCUAUCCGAAACGCAAUACAACAAGGAGGAAUGCCGGGACCACAACAGAUACUCAAAGCCUUGACGGGCUCUCUUGGGCUUUCCCCUUUUUCGGGAUUGGACAUUCCAGAGAAUGCUCUUCAAUCAUGUCCCAAACCUGAACUGAGCUGCCAGGCAAAGUAUCACGGCCAGGACACUUGCUGCUUCAACUAUCCUGGCGGUUCGCUACUCCAAACCCAAUUCUGGGAUACUGAUCCUGCCGUUGGGCCUGAUGACUCUUGGACUAUCCAUGGACUCUGGCCGGAUCACUGUAAUGGCGGCUUCGACCAGUUUUGUGACUCACACAGGAAAUACAACAACAUUUCCUUGAUUUUGAUCGAUGCUGGCCGAAGGGACCUUUUGGACUAUAUGAACAUUUACUGGAAGGACUUUAAAGGCGAUGACCCCGAUUUAUGGUACCAUGAGUGGUCUAAGCAUGGUACCUGUGUCAGCACUCUUGAACCCACAUGCUAUGGUGCCGAUUACCAGCCUCAGCAGGAGGUCGUGGACUAUUUCGAUAAGACAGUCGAGCUCUUCGAGGGUCUACCUUCCUACGAUGUUCUCGCCAAAGCUGGAAUCGUCCCAUCUCAAACCAAAACAUACACUCGCUCGGAAAUUGAGAAUGCGUUGUCGACAGCCCACGGUGCCGAUGUUGCUGUUAGGUGUCGACGCGGUGCGCUCAAUGAGAUCUGGUAUUACUUCAACGUUGCUGGACCUCUACAGAGUGGAAAAUUCGUCGCCUCCGACCCAGACGGGUUUAAGUCCAACUGUCCAACUAAUGGCAUUCGAUACCACCCCAAAAAGCCUCAGGCAGAACCAGAACCCACCGAGACUUCACCGACAGGCCCCAAGCCGACAGCACCAGGGGUGCCGUUUCAGGGCAGGGGCCACUUGAAGGUCUCAACAAUGGGCCAGAGAAGGGGCUGUAUCAUCAGCCAUGGCACCUGGUUUAGCUCGGGGACAUGCGCUACAUUUAGGGCGAAGAAAAUUUCCGAGGAUGCUCUUACUUUGGAAUCCAGUAAAGGCCCAUGUGCCAUUGAACAUGAUACGCUCAACUGCGGUCCGCAUACCCAGGGCCCGGAAAAGUUCAGCGUUAAGGAUGGUAAACUCGCGUUCCGCGGAAACACAUCCUUCUUUGCAGACAAAGCGCCCAAGGGGCACACCCAGAGCAAGGUCUUUGCUUCCGAGGCAGACCAUAUUAUCGAGCUAGAAAUUACCUGGACAGCAGAGCAAUAAGAUCCUCUGGUCCUGCGUACAAUAAUAAUAUUCUCCAUGGCCCAGUUGGAUACAUACAUUCAUCAUGAGUGAAUAAUGGAGCUAUCAUACGCUGAGAUGCUAUAUUCAAUAGAAGUUGUACCAGAUCCAGACACAAUAGAUUCGUUGCACGUUAUAUU